AUGGGAGGCGACUCGCAACACAGGGCGCAGCAGCUCUGCGUCAUAGGCCAAGAAGUAGCAGCGGCAGGCCCUGCCACGGCUAGCUGCAACAGCAGCAGCAGCGGAAAACGAUCUACUACCAACAACUGCUGCAGCACCAGCGUCAGCAGUGACCGCAGCAGCAGUCAUGAAAAGCUCUUCGGCAGCACCACCGGGUGCGCCCGCGGCAACAGCAGCAGCGGCACAACAACCCCUCAACUGACGGUUGCUGCUCCUCAAAACAGCACCCUCAGCAGCACUAUCUGCAGCAGCGGCACAAACAGCAGCGUCCCUUUCUGCCUGGGUGUAUCUACAGUAACAGCAGCAGCAGACACCUGCUACUGCAAACUCUUAGUAUCGAAUCAUCUUGCAGGCAUCAUCAUUGGCCAAGCAGGCAGCGAAAUUCGAACACUUAAAAGUCUUACAGGAGCCAAAAUUGUCCUGUCCCCUCAUGGGAUGUAUUUCCCUGGUACAACAGAAAGAGUUGCUGCAUUAGAAGGCCCCGAGAGCUCUGUAUUGCAUGUGUUAGAUUGGAUAUUAGACAAGUUGGCAGCAGCAGCAGGCGACAGCAAAGAGCUUGCAGCAGCAGCAGCAGCAGUACAACAGCAUCAAGACGGGCUAAAUACCUUACCUCUCCAGCAGCAGCUGCAGCAGCAGCUGCUUCUGCAUGCAGGAUCAGCACCUAUUUCCUUGCGUCUAUGCGUACCAAGAGCUGUUGUGGGGUCUUUAAUAGGACGUAGUGGAGGAUAUAUUCAAUCUCUACGUGUUGCCUCUGGUGCAUCUAUAAAUAUUUCUCCUCUUUUUGUUAGUGCAGAGGAGGCAUGCGCGGAAAGAAUUAUUUCUAUUGAAUCAAGAAAGACACAAAGUCUUCGUGUUGCUGCAUUUACUCUUUUGAAGAAGAUUAAUGCUCAUCCUGAUAAAGCCUCUUGUAGACAUGUUUGUUACUACCGCAAACAUAACUUCGACUCCCCUCUAGCUACAGCUACACAAGAGGCAGCAGCAGCAGCAGCAACAGCAGCAACAACAUCGUCAUCAACAACAGCAGCGGCUGCAGCAGCAGCGGCGGCGGCUGCAGCAGCAGCGGCUGCAGCGUCGCCUACGCCUGUAGAACUCCGCAUGAGGCAACACAUGCAAAAGCAGCAGCAGCAACAACAGCAGCAACAACAUCAGCAACAACAACAAAGGGAAAGAGAACUCUUGAGGAGAAGGGCACUCUCUCUUGUCAUGGGGGCACAUUCAAACCCUGCUGCUCUUCUUGAAGCGGGCAGCAGCAACAGUAGCACCAGCAGCAGUAGCAGCAGCAGCAGCAGCACUGCCAGCCUCCCUACUGCUGAAGACACCUUUGCUGCUGCAUUCAAACGCUUCUGUGAGGCCCGCGCACAAGCGAAGGCAGCAACGAAAAACAAUGAUGCGGCAGCAGCAGCACCAAGACCCAUAAAGACUGUCCCCAGCCUUACGCGCAACAUGAGAGAGGUUAUUGAACAAUCUCGCAGCAGCUGCAAGGGAGCAACAGCAGCAGCAACAGUUUCUGGUGCUGAAGUAGCAGCAGCAGGAGCAGGAGCAGCUGCAGCAACUGCAGCAGCAGCAACAGAGAAGGGCCCAGCAGACGCACCAUGGGAUCUCUCCUCUUGUAGCACUGCAGCAGGAAGCACUGACAAGCUCCCAACAGUCUCAGAAGACAGCAGCAGCAACAACUUGGGAGAUGUAGACGGAGCAGCGAGGAGCGAUUUGCAGCAGCAGCAGCAGCAGCGGCAGCAACAACCGAGCCUCGCUUUAUUGGUUCUUGUCGCAGUUUUCCUGGCCGCCCUCCUACAUAUCGUCUCACGCAACUGA